UGUUGCGUUGACGACGUGUCCGUCGGGUCGCCGCGCACGUUUUUUUUCCGUCAUCGGUCUAGUGUGUCGGGCAGCAGCAGCAGCCAUGUCGCCGCUCGCCGCGGCCGCGCUACUGGUGUACUACGUGCUGUCCCCGGGCUCGCGGCCGGUCCACGGUCACGGUGCUGGCUGCGCGGCCGCGUGCAGGCUGCCGGCGGCCACGCGGCCCGAGUCGUACGAGCUGCGGUUGGAGCCGCGCACCGUCUGGCCCGCGGCCGCGUUCAACGGCGUGGCCAGGAUAGCGAUACGCGCACGCCACGCCACGGACGUGAUCACGUUGAACGCGAAGGACCUGGACGUGAUCAGCGCGACGGUGACGGACUCGCGGCUCGGCGCCGACGUCGCGGUCGACCGGCUGGUGCACCGGCCGGCGGACGAGCAGUUCGAGAUCCGUCUGGCCGCGCGCGUGGCGGCCGACCGCGCGUACGUGGUGACCGUGUCGUACGGCGGCACGGUGCGCAACGACUCCACCGGCCUGUUCGCCAUUUCCUACGGCGAGGAACCGGUGACCGCCAAGUGGUUGGUGGUGACGGAUUUCGAGCCGACGUACGCGAGGAGAGUUUUUCCGUGUUACGACGAACCCGUGUACAAAGUCGUGUUUAAUAUAUCCGUGGUGAAGAAAAAGAACCAGAUCGCGCUGUCCAACAUGCCGAUCCGGGCCAUCGAACACGGUCCAGACGACACGGAAACGGUUUAUUUUGAGAGCACUCCGCCGAUGUCCACUUACUUGGUGGCCAUCUACGUGGGCGAAUUCGAACCGAGCAAGAAUUAUUCGAAAAUCACGGCUUACACGCAGAAUAUGUACAUGAACCAGACCGAGUACAUCGGUGUCGAAGCGUCGAAACGGCUUCAGGUGAUGGAAGAGUAUACGGGAAUCGAGUACACGCUUCCCAAAAUGGACAUGCUGGUCAUACCAGAUUUUAGAGCGGGGAUGGAAAAUUGGGGACUAAAUAUUUUUCGUGAGAAUUACAUCCGGCUGCAGGAGAACUCGACAACCGCUGUGAAGAUGAGCGUAUUCAAGCUUGUGCAGCACGAGUUCGCUCAUCAGUGGUUCGGUAACCUGGUAACCUGCGAGUGGUGGGACUAUUUAUGGCUGAACGAGGGUUUCGCCACAUAUUUCGAGUACUUCGCCACUAAAAUGGUUUGCCCGAGCUGGCCGAUGGAAGAACUGUUUGUAAUUGAAAUACACCAAAGUGCUUUGUCAUACGACCAGACGGCCAGGCGCUCGAUAACUUCAUCGGUAUGCACUCAGGAUGAAAUCGAAGAUCAAUUCGACGUGAUAACGUACAAGAAGUCACCGGCGGUUCUGAGAAUGUUGAGAUACUUAGUGACCGAAAAACUCUUUCAGUUGUCCCUUCGACAUUACUUGAACGUUAAUAGAGAAAGCGUGGCAGAACCAAAUGACUUGUAUUCGUCUUUCGACCAUGUAUUGAAUGAUAAUGACUAUGACUUGGGCAAUGAACUGACCGUCAACGAGUUUAUGUCGAAUUGGACAUUACAGCCGGGAUAUCCAGUGCUGAGGAUUACGAAAAAUAAUAUUUCUAACACGUUUUCAGUGACUCAAAGUCGAUUCAUCAAUCACGAAAAGCUUGGAGAGACGACUCCUCCAGCAUGGCACAUCGGUCUUACGUUCACAACCGAAUCGAGUAAGGAUUUCAAUUACACACGACCGUGUUUUUGGACAAACAAAACAUCAACUUUGACCAUUAUACCUGCACCUGAAAAUUCAGGGUGGUUCUUAUUUAACAUCAAAUCGAGUGGUUUCUACAGGGUGAACUACGACGUGGACAACUGGAUGGCGCUGAUCAAACAGCUGAGGGAAGCGCCCGCGGAGAUACACGUGUUGAACCGCGCGCAGUUGAUAGACGACGCGUUCAAUUUGGCGGGCGCGGGCCAGUUGGACUAUUCGGUGCCGUUACGCCUGGCCGAGUACCUGCAAAACGAGAACAACACCCUGCCGUGGCGUUCGGCCAUGGAAAGUUUUUCGAACAUAAUUAUACUCAAAGACAACGAUAGAGGGUACACGAGCUUAAUGCCCCAGGUGAUCAGAUUGGCCGGAAUCCUGUCCGCAAAACUCAAAUUACUCGAGUCGAACGACAACAGUUUGUUCAUAUUAAGGAGAUCUUGGUUCGCGGUUUUAAGUAAAGCGUGUAAAUUACUGAAUAUGGAUUAUUGUCCGAAGAAAACGCAGGAGAAAUUCGAGAGAAAGAAAAUGCCAGAAAAGACGUCCGACGUUACCAACACCGUUGCUUUUAAGGUGAGCGAAAAGGCUUCAAUCGUGCUUCCAGCCGAGACUUCAGAUUUGACUAGUGCACGACAAAAUGCCCAUUAAACCCAUUUUACAAAUUUCUAAUCGAGAACGAAUUUAAUUAGUGACUAUCGUGUUAGUCCAUAAGAAUUAAACAUAACGAUUUUAUUUUUCGAUGAAAAUGGAGUGAUUUUUUUAUAUAUAUAUAUAUAUAUACUUAAUGUACACAAUUGAU